AUGGACGCCAGGAUGUUCUCGGGCCAGGCGGCUCUCAACUUCAGCAGCUUUAUGAGCGACGACCCGGAGCUGACGGAGCCGCCCGCUGAGGUCGAGGCGCGCCUGUCGUCCACGGGCUUUGCGGUGCUCUCCGUGGUGCUGGGCUUCAUUAUGACGUUCGGCUUUCUUAACAACCUGGUGGUGCUGCUGCUCUUCUGUAAGUUCAAAAAGCUGCGCACACCCGUCAACAUGCUGCUUCUUAAUAUCAGCGUGAGCGACAUGCUGGUGUGCGUGUUCGGCACCACGCUCAGCUUUGCCUCCAGCAUCCACGGACGCUGGCUGCUCGGCUCCGGUGGAUGCAGCUGGUACGGAUUCAUCAACUCCUGCUUCGGUAUCGUGUCACUGAUUUCCCUGGUGAUCCUCUCUUACGACCGCUACAGCACUCUGACAGUGUACAAUAAGCGCGGUCCCGACUACCGCAAGCCCCUGUUGGCUGUCGGAGGAUCGUGGCUCUACUCUUUGUUCUGGACGGUGCCGCCGCUCUUGGGCUGGAGCAGCUAUGGUGAGGAAGGAGCCGGAACCAGCUGCUCAGUGUCUUGGACGGUCCAGACGACCCAGUCGCACGCCUACAUCAUCUGCCUCUUCAUCUUCUGUCUGGGGCUGCCUGUGCUGGUCAUGAUCUACUGCUAUGGCAGGCUACUAUGGGCUGUCAAACAGGUGGGUAAGAUCCGCAAGACGGCAGCUCGAAGGAGGGAGUACCACAUUCUCUUCAUGGUGCUGACGACAGCUGCGUGCUACCUACUGUGUUGGAUGCCCUACGGCGUUGUGGCCAUGAUGGCAACAUUUGGUCCACCUAACAUCAUCAGUCCCGUAGCCAGCGUGGUGCCAUCCCUACUGGCCAAGAGCAGCACUGUUAUCAACCCGCUGAUCUACAUUCUCAUGAACAAACAGUUUUACAGAUGUUUCCUGAUCCUGUUCCACUGCGACAACUGGUCGGGGAAGAACGGCAACACCUCCAUGCAGUCCAAAACCACUGUCAUCCAGCUAAACCGACGGAUCUCGAGCAACACGGUGGCCUGCGCCGCUGUUUCUAGCGACGCGUUCAAAACAAGUGGAACGCCGGCCGUCAAGCUGACCACGCCGCCUGAGGUCAUCACCUGA